AUGUCUCGGGCCAUAGGUGAUAUCUUUUACCCCGACAACCCCAACCGCCGCAAUCGAUUCAAUGAAUUGCUGGCUCAGAUUCGAACCUAUGAGACCGAGUUUCAGGCACUUGAAAAGAAAAAGAUAAAGGUGUUCAAGGAAGCCCGAGAGAAGGUCGACGAUGCCUUACGUCGAAAAGGCUAUGAGACUCGCGAUGAGCUUCGUCAGGCCAUCAGAGAUAAGAUAAGUGACAACAAAGAAAUGAAAAAGUUUGACAAAAUCAAGGCCGAGUGUGUAGAUCUUCCUCCUCUCGACAUACUGAGAUAUGCUGACUCGAUAUUGCGCCCCAGGUUACUAGAGACCGGUAACGUCGGAGGCGUUGUCCUAGACAUUAUCUGUCUUGCCAGCUCUAGUCUGACGGUAGUCACCGGAGUCGGGAUGUUUCUCGGAGUGGUUGCUGGCCCUGCGGGUUGGGCUUUGAUCGGCGUGUUAGGGGCUAUCGCAGCAGGUGCCACGAUCGUGGUGGCUAUCAUUUCUUUCAUCGACGCGAUGAAUGAACGAGACACACUUCGCGAUGGCAUCUCUACGCUAUGGAAGAAGCGUGCAGCAAUGAAAUAUCAUCUGGACAAGUUGGACGCGCUGGUUCAGAGUAUCAAGACCAUAGUGUCGAUGGCCGAUCUAUGUGAUGAGGAGGAGCUGGCAGAGGUACUCGAGGAGAACCUCGGCCGUAAGACUCUGUUUGGGCCAUGGAAUACGCGAGAAAAGCUACGAGACCAAGAUAGGCGUAAUGGGUCGUGGACCAACGAAGAUCCUUCGUUCUACGAUCAAGAUUUUGAUUUCCAAGGUCCCAAGAUGACAGUGGAGUGGACGACUACCGAGUUCGGAGAAGAACAGGCUGUGACAAACGAGAUGGAGUUGCUGAAAGUGGACCACGAUAUGGGGGAGUGGGUCUUUGACUCGGACAGCUGGAUAUACCAAUUCAACAAGUCUUGGGACAAGGAGAAGCACGAUCAUGAUCCGUGA